UCAGCCCAGCCAUUUCACUUUUGCCAAUUUUGGAUCAAGUCUAGUUGUCAAGAUGAGUUCUUUGCUCCUCAUGGUCCUGUAUGCGGCACUGUGCUGUGCCUACUCUGAUAGCCAACAAGAAAACAUAGAGACUCUAAUGGAUAAUGUUCUGGUCCUGAGGGUGCCUUCCGCUCUGGACAGCAGGGUGUAUGUUCCUCUGACCUGCGGAGAAGCGUAUCAAAACCAGAUUGUGUUUUGGAAGAAAAAUGGCAUGGAGGUUAACCCUGCUUUGCAGGGGAACCAGGUCAAGGUUCUGGUGGAAGAGAUGAAUGGAGGAAACUACACUUGUCACCUUGGUCCUGACGGAGAAUACCUCAACCACACUUUGAUCCUGGUCCAACUAGACCCAGACAACAGGUCUAUCAUCCUGGAAGAAAAAUCCCCUGAAGAAGGUCGCAUCCACUGUUCCGCACCUAACUAUCAAGGUGCAUUCCACUGCACCUGGACAAGAACACAAUCCAGAUCUAAUGCUGCCGUGCUCCUGGUAAAGGCAGAACGGCAUUUGGAGAAUAUACCAUGUGAGCUGGAUGCUGAUGGAUCAGGGGUUCACUGUCAGGAUGUCAACUGCCCUUACAUAGAGGAGCAACACCGAAUCUCCCUCACCGUUUACAUACACAGCUACUCUCGCCUAGAGGCCUACACAAAGGUGUUCUACCUGAGAGAGAUUGUGAGGCCAGCAAAACUCUGGAACCUGAGAAUGAGUGAUGGGAAUGUGUUCAGCUGGAACUAUCCUGACUCCUGGCAGACCCCCUGCACAUACUUUGGCCUCCAGUUCCAGGUCAAAGUGAUCAACAAGGGACAUUCCUGUAACAGCGAAGAGCACAUAAUGCAAAGCAUCACUGAGGAAACUAAGUUUAAAAUCCCUGUCAAAACCAAGAGGUAUGUUUUCUGUGUGCGAGCCCAGGACAAGCACACCCGCGGGCCAUGGAGCCACUGGAGCCAAUGCAUAGUAAACAAACAACAUGUGGACUGCUAGUUUUUUCACUGGACUGCAGCCAUAAAAAAAAGAAGAAAAUAAGGAUGGAAGAAAACAUUUUUUUGUUUUCACACAUUUUUUAAAGCAAAUGACACAACAAUUGCUGUGCUUUGAGAGUGACUGUAUACCUGUACAGUAU